GCCUCACCCCCAUUUACAAAAAAAAAAGAGAAUUUUUUUGUUCUCAAGUCUGCAAAAAAAAAAAAAAACGUUUAUCUUCUUAUUUAUCUCUCAAUAUCAUCAUCAUGUUCAGAUCUCUCUGGUAACUGUUAUGCCCGCUAAUUAAGAAACAAAGGAUACAUUGUAUUGAAAUGCAUACGCGAGUCUUCUGGUUUAGUUUCAGCGAUAACCCUAGUAAGGACAAAAAUUGUAUGUUACUAAACAAUCUUGAAGACUGUGUUGUGCGUUAGGGAAUGAGAGAGGGUGCAUUUUCAAUUAAAUUAUGGCUCAGCAGUCGUCUCGUCUUCAUCGCUUACUUACUCUGUUGGACACCGGUUCAACUCAAGCUACAAGAUUUGCAGCUGCUCGUCAAAUUGGGGAUGUUGCAAAAUCACAUCCCCAAGACUUGAUCUCUCUCUUAAGGAAGGUUUCUCAAUAUCUUCGCAGUAAGAAUUGGGAUACGAGGGUGGCUGCUGCUCAUGCUAUUGGGGCAAUUGCUGAAAAUGUUAAGCACGCAUCUCUUACAGAGCUGUUUGGAUUUGUCGAAUCUGAGAUGUCAGUGGCUGGAAUUUCUGGUAUCGUUGAAGAUGUGGUGAAGGCUUGGCCAAAUGUACAUCCUAAAGUUGUAGCAGGUCUAUCUUUCAGAAGCUUUGACCUUAACAAGGUGCUGGGAUUUGGUGCUUUAUUGGCUUCUGGGGGUCAGGAAUAUGACAUUGCAAGUGACAAUAACAAGAAUCCUUUGGAGCGAUUAGCUCGUCAGAAACAGAAUCUUCGUCGUCGCCUGGGGUUGGAUGUUUGUGAGCAGUUUAUGGAUGUGAACGAUAUGUUCAGAGAUGAUGAUCUCCUUGUGCAGAACUAUGAUUCCCACGAGAAUGGUAUGGGCCAUAGAUUUUAUUAUACUUCCCAAUCUGGAAAUCGGGUUCAGCAACUAGUUUCCAAUAUGGCCCCCAGUUUCUCUAAAAGGCCAAGUGCAAGGGAAAGGAAUUUAUUAAAACGGAAAGCAAAGAUAAAUGCGAAAGACCAAGCAAAAGGCUGGUCUGAGGAUGGGGAUUCUGAGGCAGCUCAUUCUCAAAAUCCAGUGACACCAAAUAUUACAUGUACGGAUGGAUCAAGUUCUAAUAAGGUACCUAUAGAAGACGUAUUAGAUGAUGGUAGCGUUGAGUGUGAUGGAGAUGGGAGGUGGCCGUUCCAGAACUUUAUAGAGCAACUCAUCCUUGAUUUGUUCGAUCCCAAUUGGGAGAUAAGACAUGGAAGUAUGAUGGCUCUCAGAGAAAUUUUGACUCAGCAAGGUGGUUCUGCUGGAGUUUUUAUGCCAGACCCUACCUUGGAAAAUUUUGAUAUAAAAGAAAUUGAAGAUACCAGUAGUGCGAAGAUGUUGAAGAGAGAGAGGGAAAUUGAUAUGAAUGUAAAAGUUGCAGCUGAACCUGAGCCAGAUAUGAAAAGACCCAAGUCUGAAGGUCUGUUGUGUCAGUCAAUAUGUGCUUCAGUUUCCACAGGCAUGGAGGAUAAUGUUGGUGGCUGUAUAAAGACUGAAAAUGAUGGAUGGAGUUCAGUGCUUGCUUUUGAUGGAGGAAUUAGCACUGAAACUGUUAAAGUAGAGCAUGUGGACUCCCAGUUCCAUUGUAUGGAAGCCAGCGGUAUGGAACAGAGUAGUCAUGAUGAUAAGAGCUUGGUACCGGAUGUGGACAUACUAAGUAACCUGUCUGAGAAAUGCAAAUUGGUGAAAUUGGUGAAACUGACUAGGUAUUCAUGGAUUAAGAAUUGGGAGGUGCUUCAAGAUUGUGCCAUACGUUUCCUUUGUGUGUUAUCGUUGGAUAGGUUUGGAGAUUAUGUUUCCGACCAGGUUGUUGCACCGGUGCGCGAAACUUGUGCACAAGCACUAGGGGCUGUGCUCAAGUACAUGCAUCCGUCACUAGUUCAUGAAACACUAAAUAUUUUGCUCCAAAUGCAGCGCAGGCCAGAAUGGGAAAUUCGCCAUGGCAGCCUCCUAGGUAUCAAGUAUUUGGUUGCUGUUCGUCGGGAAAUGCUUCAAGAUUUACUUGGCUAUGUCCUGCCUGCAUGUAGGGCUGGUCUCGAAGAUCCCGAUGAUGAUGUUAGAGCAGUUGCAGCUGAAGCUUUGAUACCAACUGCCGCUUCUAUUGUUAGUCAGAAUGGUGAAACACUGCAUUCUAUUGUUAUGCUACUGUGGGAUAUUUUACUUGAUCUGGAUGACCUAAGCCCAUCAACUAGCAGUGUCAUGAAUCUGUUGGCAGAAAUCUAUUCACAAGAAGAAAUGAUUCCACAGAUGAAAGAGAAACAGGCAUUUGAUCUCAAUGAGGUAGUUCAGGUUGAUGAUCAGGGAGAAGGAAUUAAGUUUGAGGAGAAUCCAUAUAUGUUGUCAACUUUGGCACCUCGAUUAUGGCCUUUUAUGAGGCAUAAUAUCACUUCAGUCCGUCAUUCAGCUAUACGUACUUUGGAGCGGCUGCUGGAAGCUGGAUGUAGACGAAACUCAUCUGAGGCCGUAGAUCAUUCUUGCUGGCCUUCAUUCAUAUUAGGGGAUACCCUCAGGAUUGUGUUUCAGAACCUGCUUUUGGAAUCAAACGAGGAUGUUCUAAAAUGUUCCGAGAGAGUCUGGAGGCUCCUGCUUCAGUGUCCAGAAGAGGAUUUGGAAACAUCUGCAAGGUCAUACUUUUCCUUUUGGAUCGAGCUUGCAACAACUUCAUAUGGAUCUCCUCUGGAUGCUACAAAAAUGUUUAUGCCAGUAGCCCUUCCUCGGAAAAGUCAUUUUAGAGCUGCUGCCAAAAUGAGAGCUGUAAAGCUAGAAAACGAAUGGAGCACAAAUUUUGGAUCUGAAUCCUCACAGGGAACUGCUUCAUUUGAGAGAAAUGGAGUGGUUUCUACCACUUUGCCUAGGAUAAUUGUUGGUGCAGAUGGCGAGAAGUCAGUCACUCGUACACGGGUAGUUACUGCAACAGCGCUGGGGGUUUUAGCAUCAAAGUUGUGUGAGUCAUCUUGGCAGUUCGUGGUUGAUGCUCUAUGGAAGGACCUGACAUCUUUAUCAGGGGUCCGGAGACAGGUGGCUUCCAUGAUUCUUGUAUCUUGGUUUAAAGAGUUCCAAAGUAAGGACCUCACGAGAAAGCCCGGAACUAUGCCAAGCUCUGUAGAUCGGAUUAGGAAAUGGCUAUUCGAUUUAUUAGCCUGCUCUGAACCUGCUUUGCCAACCAAAGAUUCUCUUCUUCCUUAUGCUGAGCUUUCUAGAACUUAUUUGAAGAUGCGUAAUGAGGCCAGCUUGUUGUUACGUGCAGUUGAGGUGUCUGGGAUGUUAGAGAGUGUAAUACCAGCCACUACUAAAUUAGACCCGGAUACCUUAAGUAUAGACGAUGCAAUUAAUCUGGCAUCUAGAGUGAUACCUCCUAGUACCGUGGCAUCUGGGGAAGCAACUACUGAGAGAAACAUUCUCAAUGAUUUAGAGUCUACGAAGCAGCGGUUAUUGACAACUUCAAGCUAUUUAACUUGUGUUCAGAACAAUUUGCAUGUUACUGUGCUAAGCCUGGUUGCAGCGGCUGCUGUUUGGAUUUCUGACCUGCCUGACAGACUUACACCCAUUAUUUUGCCCCUUAUGGCUUCUAUAAGAAAAGAGCAGGAGGAAAUACUGCAACAGAAGGCUGCUGAAGCUUUAGCUGAGCUGAUUUCGUGCUGUAUAACAAGAAAGGUGAAAGCAAAUGAUAAGUUAAUUAAGAACCUUUGUAGCAUGACAUGCACAGAUCCUUGUGAGACUCCUCAAGCUGCAACCAUGAAGUCUGCAGAGAUAAUUGAGGAUCAAGACUUGUUAGUUUUUGGAAAGAGUGGAGCUAAUCAAAAGACAAAGGUUCAUUUGUUAGCUGGUACCGAGGACCGGUCAAGGCUCGAGGGGUUCAUCAGCAGACGUGGGUCUGAGCUUGCGUUAAAGCAUUUGUGUGAGAAGUUUGGGGCAGCUUUAUUCAAUAAACUUCCUAAGUUAUGGGAUUGCUUAACUGAGGUUCUCAAGCCUGAGAUCACUGAAGGGCCAAUGCUCGGAGAUGAUCAGCUUGGGAUUCCGACAAAAGAUGAAACCCUGCAGCUCUUGAUAAAUAACAUCCAGGUGGUUCGUUCCAUUUCUCCUUUGGUGGACGAGGCAUUAAAGCCUGAGUUGCUUAGACUUCUUCCAUGCCUUCUUCUGUGUGUUUGCCAUUCCAAUAUCGCUGUGAGGUUAGCCGCAUCUAGGUGUAUAACGUCAAUGGCCAAGUGCAUGACAGCAAAUGCCAUGGUAGCUGUCAUUGAGAAAGCUAUACCGAUGUUGGGGAAUGUAUCAUCCGUCAAUGCUAGAAGGGGUGCUGCAAUGCUUCUACGUUUGCUUGUUAAUGGAUUGGGAACGGAGCUGGUUCCCUAUUCUCCUUUACUUGUAGUUCCGCUUCUGCGUUGUAUGGGUGACUGUGAUCAUGCUGUAAGACAAAGCGUCACACGUAGUUUUGCUGCUCUUGUACCUCUUCUUCCGUUAGCUAGGGGUCUCCCUCCACCGAGUGGGCUGAGCGAAGGUGUGUCUGGAAAUACAGAAGAUGCCAUGUUUCUAGAACAAUUACUUGACAACUCCCACAUUGAUGAUUACAUGCUCUCCACUGAACUGAAAGUCACAUUAAGGAGGUAUCAGCAAGAGGGCAUAAACUGGUUAGCUUUUUUAAGACGCUUUAAGCUUCAUGGAAUCUUAUGUGAUGAUAUGGGAUUGGGUAAAACACUCCAGGCUUCAGCAAUUGUCGCAUCUGACAUCGCCGAGCGUCGUGCUUCCCAAAGUGUCCAGGACCCUCUAUCUUUAAUUAUUUGUCCAUCUACAUUGGUUGGACAUUGGGCGUAUGAAAUAGAGAAAUUCAUUGACCCUACCGUUAUAAAAACUCUUCAAUAUGCUGGGUCUAUUCAGGAGCGCAGUUCUCUUCGAAGUCUUUUUGAAAAGCAUAAUGUCAUAAUAACAUCAUAUGAUGUGGUCCGCAAGGACAUUGACCAUCUGGAACAAGUUCUUUGGAAUUACUGCAUCUUAGAUGAGGGACAUAUCAUCAAGAACUCGAAGUCAAAAAUUACUGGAGCAGUAAAACAAUUGAAAGCUGAGCACCGUCUUAUUCUGAGCGGAACACCUAUACAGAACAACGUCUUGGAGCUGUGGUCUCUUUUUGAUUUUCUAAUGCCGGGAUUUCUCGGAACAGAGCGUCAGUUCCAAGCCUCCUACGGCAAACCUCUGCUUGCUGCUAAGGAUGCCAAAUGUUCUGCCAAGGAUGCCGAGGCAGGGGUACUUGCAAUGGAAGCACUGCACAAGCAGGUGAUGCCCUUCCUUCUUCGUCGAACCAAAGAUCAGGUUUUGUCUGAUUUACCAGCAAAAAUUAUUCAGGAUAGAUAUUGUGAUUUGAGCCCUGUUCAGUUAGAACUUUACGAACAGUUCUCCGGCUCAGAUGUGAGAAAAAACAUCUCAAGUUUAGUAAAAGUAAAUGGGUCAACUGAAGUGGCAGAGGAGCAUAGUCCUUCACCAAAAGCGUCUUCACAUGUAUUCCAGGCACUUCAAUACCUUCUAAAGCUCUGUAGUCAUCCAUUGCUCGUGCUUGGUGAAAGGCUACCGGAAUCCGUCUUGAGCCUUCUGUCGAAACUUAUUCCUGGCAGUAGUGAUGUUAUUUCGGAUCUUCAUGAACUACACCACUCUCCCAAAUUAGUUGCCCUCAAGGAAAUACUUGAAGAGUGUGGUGUAGGGGUGGAUGCUUCAAGUUCUGAAGAUGUUCUUGGUGUUGGCCAGCACAGAGUUCUGAUAUUUGCACAACACAAGGCUUUACUGGAUAUUAUAGAAAGAGAUUUGUUUCGAACUCAUAUGAAGAGUGUCACUUACUUGCGACUGGAUGGCUCUGUUGAACCAGAAAAGCGUUUCGAAAUUGUAAAGGCCUUCAACUCAGACCCAACAAUUGAUGUGCUCCUGCUUACAACACAUGUUGGUGGGCUUGGUUUAAAUUUGACAGCAGCUGACACACUUGUUUUCAUGGAACACGAUUGGAAUCCGAUGAGGGAUCACCAGGCAAUGGACAGAGCUCACAGGUUAGGUCAGCGCAAAGUAGUGAAUGUUCAUCGCCUCAUCAUGCGUGGAACCUUGGAAGAGAAAGUGAUGAGUCUCCAGAGGUUCAAAGUGUCUGUUGCUAAUGCAGUCAUUAAUGCAGAAAAUUCCAGCAUGAAAACAAUGAAUACCGACCAGUUGCUUGAUCUAUUCACACCUGCUCAGCCUGGCAAAAAGACUAACACUGCUAUUACAAAGAAUUCUGAUGCCGCUUUCGAGGGAGAAGCAAAAUCUGCUGGUGUUGGAAAGGGUUUAAAGGCGAUCCUUGGUGGAUUAGAGGAGCUCUGGGAUCAAUCCCAGUAUACAGACGAGUACAACCUCAGUCAGUUCUUAGCAAAGCUCAACAGCUAAUCGAAUUAUAAGCAGAGUUGUACAAAGUGUAUAGUUUCACAGAGAAAGUCUGUUGGGCUCGAUUUUGACGUUUUGCUGUAAUUCAUUUCUCUUUUUUCUCUUUUUUCUCUGUAUAUGUUUGCACUCUGAGUAGGUUAGUUGAAGAGGCCAGGAGGCAGCUAGUAAAGGUCUUGAGUUUUUUGGCACACUUAAAAAGCGAUCGCUAAUCUGUUAAUUUUAGAACUGCCAUUGGGGGGAAAAGAAACUGUAUAUUUUCGGAGUUAUUGUAUAUAUUGCCACGUGCUUCAAUUUAUUUUUGUUGCUCCUGCU